AUGUCGAGGUAUCGAUUUAGAAAGGCGAGGAGCAAUUGGCCGAUGGGAAAUGAUAGCUCCCGGUGGGAACCACCCCCAAUUCAAUUGAAUGAACUCGUCCCCUCCACCGAAGCGGAUGAUCCUGCACCUCCAACACCUGUGAAAACAGAAGAUCAACCGUACGAAGGAGGUCCAUUACAAUGGAAAGGAUAUAUGUAUCAUCCAAGAACAAAAAAGUAUUACAAAAUGACUAGUGAUCCUUCAUUACCACAAGGAUUCUCAAAAGCUGAUCUCGAUAGAAUGGAGAAGGCUCGAGAAGCGAAAUUUCAGGCGAAUCGUCCGAGAUUUACUUCUGGAUCCUUUGUCAAAAGACCGGUCUUCAAACCGAUUACUUCUCUUCUGGAUGAUCUCACGCUUGGUCGCUGUACAAUAGCUCGAAUGGAACGUCACAUCCAUGAGAGUCGUCUUCUGAAUUGUAAUCCGAGACCAUCGUUCACUAUCAAGACACCAAUCGAUCACUAUAAUGUCGCUGGAUGUGAAUUUCUAGAUGUUUCUGAUACGGGAGAUCGUGUCGUUGGAACAUUCACAAUCGCUCCGCAUGGGCCAACACCAAAACAUUCGGCGGUUUAUGUUUUUGAAGUUGAUUCACUCGGGGAUACUAUUCAAUCUGAAUCAGAACGUCGUGAAGCUUAUGAUCUAUUGCCAUUGAGAUCUCGUCCAACUAACAAAGGGUUCAAUACACUCGGAAUGACAGUACAACCAAUGCUCAAUGAUGAUGGAAUGUCAGAUGAGCCAUCAUAUCUGGAUUAUGCUGUUACUCGAUAUGACGCAUUUAUAGUCGAUCAAACACUUGCCAGAGUGGAUGCUGAUGUCACUUGUAUGCUUACGGUCACUGCCAACGAUACUAUAUCUCGAAAUGGAAACGUGUGUUCAUAUUGUACAGUCCAUCUUGAACCACUGGCCGAAUUGAGUGAUCCCGAAGCAAUUCCAACUCUUUCAUCUCCGAUAUAUAAUAAACGUUGGCGUGAAAAAGGAAAUAUUUGGAGUGUCGGAUGGAAUGCACCACAAAUGUCCAUUGGAUUUGGGUUGGAAUCAUGCUUCCGUGUUGAAAAUCUUCUCACGGAUCGCAGUUUUCUGAUGUCGAGUCGCAAAAAGAACGUACUGAGUCAUUGUUUUUCAGCUGAUGGAAAUUUGGUUUAUAUGGGACUCCGUAGUGAUAAUUGUAUUAAAUCCGAUCUUCGAAUGAAUCGAGAUCAUAUCACUGGACAACUGAAUGGAGCAAGUAAUACAACAUUCGUACGAGUUUUAGAGAAAUCGAGACCAGAAUGUGUAGUGACUGAAGGAUUUGAUUCAAUUAUUCGUGUCUGGGAUUUCCGUUGGCCGAAAAAACCAACAAUGGAAAUGCACGGACACAGAAAUAAUUGCAAUCGUCUCAAUGUGUUCUUCGAUAAGGAGGAGAGAUUUGUGUUUGCAGCUGGAUCGGAUGGAUACGUGCGUGGAUGGUCACUGACAUCAGGUGACAUGCUCUGCUCCAUCAAAUCUCCGAAUCAAUCAAAUCCCAUCUUCCCACGUGCCGUUUAUUCGGAUUGUUGGGGUGGCCGUCCAGGCAACUCUGCUCUGAUUGUGGCUGUUGGUGAUAGUAUGAGAGUUCACUCAUUGGAAUUGUAA